CAACAAAUCCCAUCCACCACAAUGGCCGCCGCCGUCGAGUCCGCAGGCCCGAACAUCGCCGGGCUGCUCGACACCCUCACCACCUGUCUCACCAACACCGCCUCCUCCCUCCCCAAACCCACCCGCGACGAACCCUCCGACGUUUCCAUCGAGCCGCCGCAGGAUGGCAUCUCCCUGCUGGACACCAAGUCCGACCUCCUCCUCUCGUACCUGCAGAACUUGGUCUUCCUGAUCAUCUUCCAGCUGCGCGGACUGCAACCAUCUGAUGACGACGAAGAAACCGACGCGUCGCUCCCGGAAGACGUCGUCAAGAAGCUUGUCGAACUGCGGGUCUACCUCGACCGCGGUGUGCGGCCCUUGGAAGGACGCCUGAAGUACCAGGUCGACAAGGUGAUCAAGGCGGCGGAGGACGCCGAGCGGGCGGAGCGCGGAGGCGCCGCGCCCAAGAAGGCCAAGGCGGUUAAGCCGCCCCGCGACGAGUCGGGGUCGGAGGCCGACAGUGACAGCGAGGAGAAUGAGGAGGAGGAUGAGGAGGAGGAAGACGAUGAGGACAUUGAUGAGAUGGCGUACCGGCCCAACGUGAAGGCGUUCUCGAAGAAGGUCGAGCCCGAGGUCGUGCAGGACAAGGGCGCCAAGAACGCCAUCAGCGACGGCAUCUACCGACCACCGCGCAUCAUGCCGACGGCGCUGCCCACGACGGAGACCCGCGAGCGCCGCGAGCGCGGACCCCGCCGGUCGAACGUGAUUGAUGAGUUCGUCAGCGCGGAGAUGUCGUCGGCGCCGAUGGCCGAGCCCAGUAUCGGUAGCACGAUCGUGCAGGGCGGGCGGCACACGAAGUCGAAGCGCGACCGCGAGCGCGAAGCCGAGCGCACGCGCUACGAGGAGACCAACUUCAUCCGGUUGAACAAGGAGAGCAAGAAGGACAAGGCGAAGCGGCUGCGGGCGGAGGGGCCGGAGAGCGGGUUCGGCGGCGAGGAGUGGCGCGGACUGACGGAGGGGGCCGAUCGCAUCUCGAAGCUCACGCGGCGGGCGCGGGGGACUGGCGGGGCGCUGGACCGCAGUCGCAAGCGCAAGAACGAGGAUGGGCAGCGCGACGAUGGCAUGGGGGUUGGGCAGAUCUUCGAGAAGCGCAGAAAGAAGGUGGACAGCUGGAAGCGGUGAUUGUACAGACUAUAGAUGGAGUUUUGAUACCAGAAAAGUUUUCUUUCACUUUGUCCUGCCAGUAUAAACUUGACCAUGUUAUUGCUGACAUUACCAAACUGGUCCAUGUUUAU